AUGGAAGACCCCAAGAAGAACAAGCUCUACAACAAGAACAAGAGGCGUUCUACUCCUACAAGGAAGUGCAAGGCCAUCCCCCCCAGCAAGGAGCUCAUAGAGGAGGAGGAGGAGGAGGAGGAGGAAGAGGAGGAACAGGAGGAAGAGGAGCUUUCUGAGGAAGAGGAGGAGGAGGACAACCAGCUUGCAAUGACAACCUUUGAGGCACGCUCUGCUGCUGCUGCUGCUGCUACUAGAGCCAAAGUAGUCCUCAUGUCCAAGAUUAAGGAGUGGAGAAAGGCUGGAGUGCUCUAUGCUCCUGACAGCCUGAAGGAGGGCUGCAAUAAGCCACGCUUCAAGGGCCUCAAGGCUGAUAUACUCCUCAAGAUCCCCUAUGUCUCUGCAUGGCUGGACAAGAAGACCAGGGAGGACUUUGCCAAUGCUGAUCCUGCAGUUCAGAAGCAGGUUGAAGCUGAAGCCAAUGACCCUGAUACUCCCAAGCUGGUCAACACCAGAGACUUUAACAAGGGGAGGUCUGACAUGCAAUGUGCUCUGGCCAACUACUAUGGCUUCUGGCUCAAGUUUAGGGGCUAUACUCCCAAGCUGAAGCUCAUCUGGACUGAAUCUCUGGUGAAUGAGUACAUCCUGUGGUUGGAGACCUACUAUCAACCUGGCUCCACCACCAGGAACAAGUGCUGGAACCUCAAGGGCUUCUUGGGCUUCCUCAGACUCAGGAAGAGGAACACCACUCCUGAGCAGCUCACCAAGAUCAUCAUCUGCAAGAAGAUCUUCAGCCAGGCUGGCAACAGGAGCAAGCAGGUUGCCAGGACGGAUCGAGUGCUGCUGGAGGAAGAGCACUACAUGACCAAUGUCAGCAACAAGUUCAUGACCAAGGAGGAGGGUGCAGCAUUCUUCCACUGGUGCCUCACCCAGUGGGAGGAGUACUACCUGCUCUUCCUGCCUGCUGGUGAGGAGGAAGAUGAUGAUGAGGCUGAGGCUGAGGACGACGAGUCACACUUGGAGAACCUCCGCACGCACGCGCUCCAGCUCCAGCGGGUGAUGAUGGGCAUGAUGCUGUACCUCGGUGGCGGCCUCCGGAAGCAAGUCUUUGCCGAUCUCUACUCCCACAGCCUCAAGUGGGACGAUGAUGAGCUGGUCAUGCGUGUCGGCCGGGAGAAGGUUGCCCGUGUCAACGGUUCGGUCCUUCCGCUUCCACCACAGCUCUUCAUCUACAUCGAGUUUUACAAGCAGCGGAUCCGCCCCCACCUCUUCACCGAUCCCCAGCAUCCUCCUAUCUCGCUGUGGCUGUGUGCCAGGGGCCACCCUCUACACUCCAACAACUUCACCGACCAUGUCAAGGAGCUCUUCUUCCACUUCAACCCUGACCUGGACACCACUCCAAUUGACUUCAGGAGAAUGACCAUCACUGAUCUCUUUGCUGAGAGACUGGUCAUGGAGGAGGGAGAGACAAUGGAGCACUUCCACAACAGGUUCAGUGAGUUGCUCAAUGGCCAGAGAGCGCAACAAGCAGACUCUCUUAGGGUUUAG